CUCGUUCUCUCAAGUGACACAAGCGAGUCACCCCUUCUGUGGUCCAGUGAAAACCCAAUUAGAGGCUCCAUCUUUGAUUUGAAAGACAGAGCUGGAAGCAGGAACGCAGGAUAACAGUUCAUUUCACCCUCCUCACCGCAUACACUUGUGGAGGGAACCGAAGAUCAAGCUCUGGCUGGGAUGCACAGGCUGAAUCGUGACUGCUGGGUUUGGUCGCCCAGGCCUCCAGGGUGUCUCCAUCCUCAACAUUCAGGGAGCCUUGUUUCGGCCGUGUUAAGCCAGCAGGAGGAUGUGGAGGAAGAGGGAGGAGAACAUCCUGCUGUGUGCUGCUACACUACAACUUGUGAUGACAUUAUCAGUCAGGCUGCUGAUGCUCGCUGCUCCAGCUGUGAAACUCCAAUCCACUCAGGGAUCCCCGGCAGCUCAGGCCUGACUGUGUGUGAUCCACGUUGUCCUCCAUCACAGCAGCCAGCAACAAUAAUUGAGGCUGAUCGGGGAGAAGUAUCACUGCAUUUUAUUGAUGGUCAUUGUUGGGAAGGUCCAAGGAUGGAAAACCAGGGAUGUGUAUGUGUUUAUGGACAUAGGGAACCGGAAGAUUUUGGUCCCUGCUGGCACGGAUCUCCAUUCAUCUACUAUGGAGGUGUGAGGAGCAACAUGGUGGUAGGAGUGGAGGUGGUGGAAGAAGUUGCUGUGGAAGACACUCUAGAAGUAAUUACAGGGAAUAUAUAUGCAGAUGACCUACUGGAUCCUGAGAUUUUACAAGAAGACCAGCUUUACCCAACAUGAAAUCUAAUUUCUAACUUUCAUCGUGUCCUGACUUUACUGUAUACUCACAUAUCUGUAUAGACUGGCGACCUGGUCUCCUGCCUUCACCCUAAAUCAGCUGGGAAAGACUCCAGCUCCCAUGCGACUCUAAUGAGGAUUAAGUGGUGUAUAGAUUGAGGAUGAAUGUUGUGUAUUAUGACACAAAAAACUCUGUCAUUUGUGAUCAAUAAAAAUAAGUUAUGUCUUGUUUAA